UUAAUAAUGUAAAUUAAAUUAUUUUUUAAUUUAAAUAAAAAAAAUAUCACCUUCCCCGACCUGCUUGAACCAGUCCCUCCAUGCCCACCCCCUUCCCCGCCAGUCGGAGACAUCCCCACGCGUUUCCACGCUGGCCUGACCAUCCCCAUCCCUUUUCCCAUCAGCCUGACCAACCCCACCCCUUUCCCUGCCGGCCUGAAUUAAUCUCACCCCCUUUUUCAAUUGAAGCGUAUUCCGAAAGGCCUGAAUCAAGCUCACCUCCUUGCUUUUCCUUUUCCUUGUCCACUUAUUCUCCAUUAGUGACGUGUGACAAAGAGUAGCAAUUUUUUUUCCCCGCAAAGUUAAACUACAAAAUAUUCAAAAAUUUACAAUAUCUCAAACUACCAAAGCUUAAAUUACUAUAGCUAAUAUUUUUUUUAUUUUUUAUUUUUUAUUUUUUUUAUAUUAAAUCACAUCAUCUUCUUUAACAAAACCCAAAAACCUUAUAUCUUUUGAAAAAUCAAUUUGUUUUUAAAGAAAUUUACAACCACAGUAGGAGUAAUUUUUUGAGGAAACAACAAUACUAAAUUACUAAUAACAUUGAAAAAAUUUUCUAAAAAAAAAAAAAAAAAUUGAAAAUUUGAUAUUCAAAUAGUAAUAUAAUAAUAAUAAUAUAAUAAGGCGUCUCUUAAAAAAAAUUAAUCUCAUUUUCUCUCACUUCACUUCCCCAUACUUUCCGUUCUUCCACUCUUUCUCUCUCCUCUUUCCGGGUCAUCGCCGAUAACUCUCCGUCGAACUUUCUUCGCUUCAAUCGUCGGAAACUCGAAGGCGACGUUAGCUUCAGUUGAUUCUUUCUCUCUCCUCUUUCCGAUCGCGUUUCUCCGAUAAUUCUCCGGCGAACUCUCUUCGCUGCCGCAUUUCAUUUCGAUCUUCGGAAAACUCGAAUUUGACAGUGGAAGAAAAUGAGCAACCCUUUCACACCAGUAUUAGAGCAAUGUGGGAGCCAAAUGCAGGAUUCCUCGUACCAGAAGUCCGCAGACAGGCUCAGUGAGUUGCCAGGUGAUAUACUGGUUAUGGUCUUGUCUCGUUUAAGGCUUAAGGAAGCAGUAAGGACUAGUGUUUUAUCUCGAAAGUGGAGAAAUAUGUGGACGUACACAACUGGUACCUUAGAUUUUCAGUAUUCAGAGGAGUCAUCUUAUAUAGAGGAUUGUAUGCGCCUAAACCAGAGGAUUGCUAAAGAACUCGAUAACAAGGGGCCACUUUCAGUCAAAAGGUCUGAGUUUAUGAAAUUGGUCAAUCACGUCUUGAGCUUGCACCAAGGUCCGACUAUUGAAGAAUUUGAAGUGUUUGUCAAAUCACAUGAUGCAAUUAGUGAAGAAUAUAUAGAAAAGUGGGUAGAGUUUGCUCUUGGAAAGAGAGUUAAAAGGCUUAAGCUGGAUUUUUCACUCAAUCCCCAUGAUUUCUCCAUCACCAAGCCCUUUCUCAGCAAAUUUAAAUUCAAUCUUUCUUCUCUGACUGUACUUUCUUUGAAAUAUGUAGAGGUUACAGGUAAGGUUAUAUGUUAUGUUCUGCUCAAGUGUUCUGCUCUUGAAGAAUUACAUGUGGAGCGUUCUGGUUCCCUUCUAAGGCUGAAAGUCCCUGGCCCCUUACCCCAACUCAAGUGCUUGAAGAUUAUCCGCUGUGACUGUCUUAAGUGGAUAGAGAUUCAUGCCAUCAAUAUCGUGUCGUUUACUUAUCAUGGGCGCGACAUUCCUGUAUCUUUCAAGACAGCCCCACGACUAGUUAACACUUCUCUUCGCGGUCUUUAUGCUUCCUAUUUUGUCCAAAACAUUGGGAAAUACUCUAGCUACAUUAAAAAUGUGGAGUCACUUGUCCUGGAAUUAAGGAGCUCUGAAAAAUACCUGAGUGAUGAAGUGGUACCUGAACUACCUAUCUUUGAAAAUCUAAAAGUUUUGGAGUUGUACUUGCACAUCAACAGUGUAGAGUACAUUUAUCACUUCUGUGCUGCUUUUCUAAAGAAAUGUCCGCUGCUUACAAGACUUUCACUUUCGGAUUCUCGAAAAUAUGAUGAUGCUGGUCAAUACAAGGUUUGCUGGAUUAAAGGAAGCUCAGAGUGUCUUCACAGCCAACUCAAGGUGAUCGAAUUAUUGAACUUUUGGGGGCAUAGUGAGGGUGAAGCAGAAGUGAUUUACUCAAUACUUAGCGGUCUUCCCUCGUUGGACCGGGUGAUUUUACGUCCAAACAUCUUUUGGGAGUUCGAGCAACCGAAUAUAAACGAUUUGUCUAAGAAUUUGAAGAUGAUACAUCCCAAGGCUGAGUUGAUAAAGCUGUCUUAGGCCCCUUUUCUAGUUUUUACUCUUAGGUCCGUACUCUUAUAAGCUCAGCUGGUUAGGUGAAUGUCUCAUGUUUACUUUCUGUCAAUUUUGGGCUCACCAAAUAUAUCAAAUAUUAUGUAAAUAGAUGCUGACUAUGACAUUUAGUUGAUCAAGUUGGGUUUGGGUUUCCUUGUUUUUGUUGUGUUGGGUUGGGUUCGUACUCUUUGUAGGGCUACAAAGGUCAUUAGUGCAGUGUCGUACACUGGUUUUUGCUUGUAGUAUGGUUGUAUGAAUAUUCAACUUUUUAUAUGUACUCCGUACUAUGAAACUCACAGUUUAAUAUUUUCUGCUUUCUAUGUACUUUGCCUUUACCAA